AUGGCAUUGCUCAAACUUCCCGCGUGGCAACUUGGAAUUUGGGUUGAGCCAUCAUAUAGCGCAUCAGCUUUCACGAACACGGACCAAGGAGAAUCCCGUUGUCCGUUGCACAAUCAGUUAAGCAUAACGACGACAACGACAUCUACACGUCAGGGACUACCAACACGAGCAGUGAACAGAUUGUCAACCACCAUGGACGCGAAUGAUGAUCUCUCGACGUUGACACUGGAUCCCCCGCUAGCAGAUGAGGAGCGGACGACGACCAUGGACGCAGUGACUGAGGAUUCGGACAGCGAAGGCAACCUACAUCCGCUACCUCAACUUCCACCGGAGCAGAAUCUCUCAAGCAGUCAAGGCGUCCUGCACGAGAAGGAAGCCGCAUCUAACCUUCCAACAGAAACGGAUGUGAUUCCUUCAAGUCAGACAACCCACAUCAUCGAACUUCUGCAGGCCAUGGAAGCACGGAUGAUCAAGCAUAAGGACAAGACCAUCAGCUCCAUCCGUUCACUAAAUGAUCUUCUGAACGAUCUGGGAAAAAAACAACUGCUCACACGGAAACACUCCUUUGUGCAAGUGGCUAGCAACACGGCAGGGACGGCAAAGCUGUUUGAUAUUUCGGAAGCACAGCUGGCGAUCAGUAUCAAGGUCAAGGCCUUGGAGGAGGUCAUUCGGUUAAUCAAGGAGCAGAUCAACCCGUACCAUUCUGUUCCCGCAACCACAAAUGUGCCAACAGAAAGUCGAGGAAGGAACCAUCUACGUCAACCCACACAUGGGAAAGAGGAAUGUGCAAAAGGACGAAAACAGCGGCAUCAUGGCAGAAGUCCAAAGGGUCCGAAGUCCGUAACGUCAAAGAUCACGCUCACUUAG